CAGAGCAAUCAGCUGUUGCUGCUGCCUUUAGAAAGUUUUAAAUAACGACAUUAAUUACGGAAGAAAUCCGUCCAACAGUAUUGGUGAAAAUAAUACAUGCAAUAUCAUCAGGGCUAUAGGCAACGACAAAUCCGCGUUAAUCAGCAGUAAAGCAGUUGAGGCGUUAGUAUCUGAAAACCCGCCGUCGCGUUUGGAAGUCCAUGAGAGGAACUGCGCUGCAUUCUGGUGAAUGAAUUGCUAAUUCCAUUAUCUACGGAAGUCUGGUGGAAGGCAGUCGGAUCCCCAAGCUCCGCGAGAGAUAACUACCAAGUCGGGGACGAAACGGAACGGCAGAAUGCCCCGCUCUGAUACGGAGGCCUUGGUGACCGAUGUGGAGGCUGGCGAAGAUUCGGCGCCACGCAUUCUGGACGCCUCUUCUGCGGCCAGCAGUGAGCAGGUGGACCUUCCUCCAGUUCCUCCGCCCCAUGACUUCAACAGCUACCGUUGGUUCAUCCUGGAGCCCGCAGUUUUUCUAAUCUUCUUCGCCAGAUAUCUAAUCGGGGCGGUUUAUCAAAAUCAGAUCCUCUACCAGACCUGCGUCACCAUCGAGAAAUUUAAUGCCACGCAAUGUGAGCCGUUGCUGGGCAUCGAUCGCGGAUCGGAUGCGGAUAAAGAAGUCGAAGUGAUAGUACAGACGUAUUCGGCAAAUAUCAUGAUGACAACCUCUUUGCUGGAGAGUAUAAUACCUGCCUUCGCGAGUCUAUUCCUGGGUCCCUGGUCCGACAAGUUCGGAAGGCGACCCAUUCUGCUGACUACUUUCACGGGUUACCUCUCUGGCGCUCUAAUUUUAAUAGUUAUUACCUACAUAACCAGGUCCACGAAUAUUAGCCCGUGGUGGUUCCUUUUGUCCUCAGUUCCUUCGGUCCUAAGCGGUGGAACAUGCGCCUUGAUCACGGGCAUCUAUUGCUACAUAUCCGAUGUGGCCAAGGAGCGAAAGAAGGCUUUAAGAAUGGUUCUCAAUGAGGCCUCCCUAUGCGCUGGAAUGAUGAUGGGCAAUGUGGCCAGCGGCUACAUCUAUGCCGCCACGAAUGCCUUGGUUCUUUUUUCCGUAGCCGGAACCCUGAUGAUGCUUGCCUUGAUGUACGUAUUUCUGUUUGUGCCAGAGAGCUUAAAUCCAGCCGAUAUACACACAGGAUCGCGAAUCCGCGAGUUCUUCCGUUUCGAUUUGGUCAAGGAUUUAGUACGCACCUGCUUCAAAAGGCGACCAAACUUUGAUCGCGCCAUCAUCUGGCUUACUAUGAUUGCCCUGACGAUAGCCAUUUUCGAUAUGGAGGGCGAGGGCACUGUAAACUACAUGUUCAUGCAGGAUCAAUUCAACUGGACCAUCAAGGACUUCAGCCUGUUCAACGCCUCCCGCAUUGUGAUCCAAAUCGUGGGCAGCAUUGUCGGCAUGGUGGUACUGCGACGGGUCCUAAAAAUGUCCAUCGUUACAAUGGCGAUGCUUUCCCUGGCCUGCUGCGUCCUGGAGAGCACGGUGCGAGCCACUGCCGUGUACUGGCAGGAGAUGUACUUGGGCAUGACGCUGGGAAUGAUGCGGGGCGUCAUGGGUCCUAUGUGUCGUGCGAUUCUCUCGCAUGUUGCGCCUGCCACGGAAGUGGGCAAGAUUUUCGCUCUGACCACUUCCAUGGAGUCGGUGUCCCCGCUCGGGGCUGCUCCUCUGUACACAACCGUCUACAAGGCAACGUUGCAAUACUACCCAGGAGCUUUCAAUUUCAUCAGCGCCGUUCUAUACUUUGUCUGCUACAUUCUGAUAGCGGUGAUUUUCGGAAUCCAGAAGUCGAUGGGCAGCAGCAGUAUCUACCAGGCUAUAGGCAGUUAACCAGCUACCCGGCGCUCCGAUUUAGCUGAAUGUAUCUCAUAAGUUAAAUUCCUCCUGCAAGUGCUGCGAAGAGCUCUCAUUUUGAACGAUUAGAAACUAUUUUUGUAAAUUAAUCUAGUGUUUGUACUCCUUGUAUUUGUGCAAGUAUUAUUAUGAGUUUUAAUUCUAUGCAUGUACUGUCCGCUAUCUGGACUGUGUUUUGCAUGUGCAAACAUUGUAAGUUAAGAAGAAAAGAUUCGACUGUUUUCAGUGUGACAAUAAACUGUAAAUACACCGAA